GCAGUCAGCGACAGCAUAUUGCUGCGUGGCCAAGUGUUGGCACUAAACAUCAGUCUGCGUACUCAUAAAGUACAGCUUAUAUCUAUACCAAUGCGUUCUUUCUGCUACAGCUUGCAUGCGGCUAAGUUUGUGGCUGCAUACAAAUAAUUACACUUGAGCAAGCUGCCCUACGAGCUUGCUUCACAGAAUAUUUUCUGCAAAUCACAAUCACUUCCUAAUCUUGCAUAUCCGUUUCAACCUUUUAAUAAAAACAAGUAAGUGCCUUCGGUGCUGUUCUCUAUUCGGGCGCACUUUGUUUCUUCAUCACUCCAUGUAUGUGAGUGUAAUUCUGUGUUUCUUUCUGUGUCUCAGAGCAUCUUUAGCUCAAUCGCUUUUCAUAUUCUAUUUGGUGAUUUACAUCAACUCACUGUGCUUGCAGUAUAUAAGUACCGCGUACACGCGAGUGUCGGCCGAAUAGUGUGUCACGAGCAGCAUCGUCACACGUUGCAAGCGCCUCGACCCAUUGCCGCUACCAGAUCGCCCUUGUUUCCGAGAAAAUACGUAAGGUUAGGUUCCUGGAACGUUGCCGGCGAGAGGGUACAAACUAAAAUUUACACUCGACUCUAGAAACACCCUGGUCGUCAUAAGUGCUGCGAUACUGUAGGUGUUCACGUAAUUGUGUGUGUGCGCGCGCGCACUAGUGUGCGUGUGUAUAUAUGUAUAUGUGUGCGCGCGCGUGUGUGUGUGUUCAUAUGUGCGCAAUAAGUGCUACUAAAACGACGAGUGACCUUCUUGUUGGCCAUCGGUGCACACAAACGUGAUUCAGCGGCAAGUGUCAGUAAGUUUGCCUAGGUCGUCGUCGCCCCGCCCGUGCUUCAAGCACACAGCAUCACCAGGGUGUCUGCACACGCAAGAACCACACCCCCUGACGUGUGUCAGAAUCGUCGUAGACGUCGGCUGUUGAAAGCUUUUCGAAUCUUGCUUAUAGCUGCUAUAUUGAUGAUACUGCUACUAGAGGCCAACUAGCUGAGAAUAAGCUGAAAUAUCAAGGAUCUACGUAUUGGCAAGGUUACUUUACUCGUUGAUCUCUUUAGGCAUCACAGUAAUCCGAACUGUAAGUGCCAUCGUUCGCAAAAAUUGUCGCUGCAGGCCGACUAGCCGACAGAAAUAGUAGUGGCGCAGAGGUAGAGGUACUAUGGGAAAAGAGGCAUGGAUACCGACGAAGGGCUACGAGCCAGCAGCAACUGCAGCAGUAAAAGCAGCGCCAGCAAAGGGAAUCAACUAUUAUCUCGUCACGAACAGGCAGUUGUCAGCCCGCAAACCCUUCAUGUUCACAACUCGGCAAAUAGCUUAUUAAAGCAUAAUGUUUGUAGAUGCAGUCAAGGAGUCUUCGAGUCUUCCGAACUAUGUCUUGUAUCCUGCGAGCCAACGUAUGCAUCAGCUUGUUGGCUGUGGGAGCAACCGAAUACUGACGACAUGUGCAAUACAGCAAAAAUCAUAAGCAGACAACAUCCGUCGAUAUCAGCCAAAGUAGUCCCGCUUUGUAGGCUUUUCAAGCCAAAAGAGGAUGAGGUGACCAUUCGACAGCAGUGCGAAUGGAGGAGACAACAACAGCAUCGAGCACUUCGGAGGCCGUACGGACAGGCCAAACUCAGGCUUGCUAUCGAGAUGAUCACAGUCACAUUCAUCUUGAGCAUAGCCUUACUUGUGACACCGGGUUUGUGUAAUCACCAGGAUGCAGUUCAUAUAACGGCAAUACUGGGUGAAAGUGUGGUGUUCAAUUGUCAUGUGGAGUUCCCGGAUCAGCACCCUGUACCAUAUGUGCUACAGUGGGAGAAGAAGGUAGGCGACACGGAGAUACCAAUCUACAUAUGGUACGAAUCAUAUCCAACUCACAGUGGUGAAGGCUAUGAAGGGCGAGUGUCCAAAGUCAGUCCAAAUUCAAAUUACGGUGUUGCCAGUCUCAACUUGACCAAUAUACAAGAGAGUGAUCAGGGUUGGUACGAGUGCAAAGUUGUGUUCCUUAAUAGAUCUCCAAGCAGCAACAGAAACGGUACCUGGUUCCAUUUGGAUGUUCACGCCCCACCUAGAUUUACAAUAACUCCCGAAGAAAUGAUUUACGUCAAUGUUGGGGAUGCGAUUAUACUCAACUGUCAAGCUGAGGGUACGCCAACUCCAGAGAUUCUCUGGUAUAAAGAUGCAAAUCCAGUCGAACCAUCGUCAACCAUCAGAAUAAUGAACGAUGGGACUGAGUUAAGGAUAUCAACCAUAAAAAAUGAAGACAUCGGCGAUUACACAUGUUUAGCGCGCAAUGGUGAGGGACAAAUCAGCCAUACAGCUCGGGUCAUUAUCGCAGGUGGAGCAGUGAUAACAAAUCCUCCAACAAACGAGACAAAGCUCGAGGGCGAAAAUGUGUCGUUCCCGUGUGAAGCCAAGGCCCUUCCAGGCAACGUAACAGUGCGCUGGUAUCGCGAAGGUGCUCUCAUCUCGGAAGUCUCAGAGCUUGAUACGCGAGCAUCUGUUAAGAUGGAUGGGCGACUCGUGAUCAACCCUGUGAGCGCCGAUGAUUCGGGCAUGUAUUUGUGUGAAGUGACCAAUGGCAUAGGCGAGCCCCAAACUGCCAGUGCUUAUCUCAACGUCGAGUAUCCUGCAAAGGUUACGUUCAAUCCGACCGUCCAGUACUUACCAUUUCGCAUGGCAGGUGUAGUGCACUGUUACAUCAAGGCGAAUCCACCAUUACAAUACGUCACCUGGACCAAAGACAAGCGUCUGCUUGAGCCCUACCAGAUCAAAGAUAUCGUUGUGAUGACCAACGGCUCGCUGCUGUUUACUAGGGUAAACGAGAAUCACCAGGGCAAAUACACGUGCACUCCUUACAAUGCUCACGGGACCCAGGGUAGCUCUGUCAUGAUGGAAGUCCUGGUGCGCAAUCCACCAGUCUUUACGAUUGAACCACAGGCUAUGUAUCAACGCAAAGUCAGCGAAACGGUCGAGAUGCACUGCGAUGCGCACGAAGCCGAGGGCACACAAAAGCCCAGCAUUACUUGGCAGCGGAAGGAUGGUGAAGCACUGCCACGAACAAGGGCUAAACUUGUUGGCGGCAAUCUUACAAUAGAAGGUUUACGCCGCCAAGACUUUGGCGCCUACCAGUGCGUGGUUGCAAACGAGGUAGCAACGCUGGUAAAAUCGACUCAGCUGAUCGUCGAGGGAACCCAGCCACACGCACCUCACAAUGUCACCGGCACCGCAGACGAGUUUUCUGUUACCUUGUCCUGGUUGCCGGGCUAUUCUGGUGGUCCGGACUACAAGCAGGAUUACACAAUUUGGUAUCGCGAAGAAGGAGUUCAAGAGUGGAAAACAAUUCCUGUUACGCCCUCGGGAAGUACGACCGUGACGAUAAGCAGGUUAAAAUCUGGAACAAAUCACGAAUUCCAAGUUAUUGGUAAAAACGCGUUGGGAGAAGGAAUGUUCAGUAAAAUGAUCACAGUCAAAACGUUAGAUGUUGGAUUACAAAAAGUACCGACACCAUCUUCAAGCUCCGGAAUUCAACCCCCAGCAGUGGCUGCUGCAGAUCAAAGUGGUGGUGGGCUUGAAUUACCAUUGAAAGAACAAGUUACCCCUCUUGAUGAUCAUCACCUACCUCGGCCUGGACCGCCAAGAAACGUAUCAGUGCAAGAAUUAAGUAAUGGUUUUCUUAUCACAUGGAUGCCUCCUCUUGAAAGAAGUCAUCUUGUCAAAUUUUAUUCUAUAAACUUUAAAACUGAUGGUCCUUGGAAAACUCUCAAUAAGGGAAAUAUUCGACCAGAAGAUACCAGUUACUUGAUGAAAAAUCUAGUCGGUGGCAGAACUUAUUAUUUCUUAGUAUUCGCCAAUUCAACGGAUGCUGCUGGGGUAAGCGAUCAAAUAAAAUACUCAGUGCCAGCGCGAGUUAAACACAAGGCCAUCACUGCCGGAGUAGUAGGCGGUAUACUCUUUUUCAUAGUUGCUAUCAUUCUUAGCAUAUGUGCUGUAAAAAUUUGCAAUAAACGAAAGCGACGAAAACAAGAAAAAGAAUUGCUUUCAGCGUAUAAUAUGGUCGCCUGUAGAGUGACUGAUGCCCGAAACGGUGCAGGGCAAGGGCCCGCAGGAACAGUGCCUUUGAAAAAACCAAGAAAAAGCCGAAUACCAGGUUUGAAGCUGUUGCAAGAGUUGCUAAGCCCCGAUUCUCCUGACAUUGUGCGGCGUAUUCGACCACUCGGCAAGAUCAGCCGUGCAGCCGACGGACGAUUCGUAAUCGCGGACUCGGUCAUGUCCUCGAUGAACAACAGUAUCUUGGACGCAUCAAGUAGCGACGAUGGUGGCUUUCUUACGAUGAAGCAACAGCAGCAACAGCAGCAUCUCAAGUCCUCGUGGCGACGACCACUCGUCGACACGAGCCAUUUAAGUCUACGUUCCGAGGGCAGUGGAUUAUCCAUCGCCCCCCAGUCUUUGCCGAUCCAAAAGCAUCAUCAACUAAUGGAUCAGAUCAAUACCCACCAACUAGACUGUCAAAUGCCGUUAUCGCUGCCUAUUCCAAUGGUGCCUGACUCUGCCAUCUGUACAAUAAGCUCGACGCACUUUUUGGCCUCGUCGCCGAGCUGCCAGACGGAGCCUCGAUCGACCAACAUCUGGAAUUCGCCAAUGUACACGAGUGAUUUGAGCUCGGUGAAGCCGCAAAACUCAACGGCUACCGAGCGAAGCGCCUCGGCGGCUUUCCCAAGCCAACCGAGCUACUUACAGCUGCGUUCGAUCCACCAACGCUACAGUCAGGAGCUACCGUCGCUCAAGGCCAUACACGCCGAGGCCCAACGGUUUGUGCCGGUUCAACCGCUAGCCACCUCAUCACCGCCGCAAGGCACCGGCCGACCUCGAGCCCGAUUGCCACCUAGACACGCUCGACACGCCCGCUCGGCACCCGAACUCGCAGCCUCACCGGACUUGGAAACCUCGCCCGAGAGCCGAUCCAGCAGCUCAGGUUUUGGUAGCAAAAACACCUCUCAGAUACAGAACCAGAGUUCCCGGAGCGGCAGCACCGUUGCCGAAUGGCGGCCCCCGCCCUACAGACCACCACCACCUCCACUGUCGGUAGGUCGAUGGCUUGAGCUUCAAGAUCCGCACCUCCAUCAUUCGCUGGGUUUGAGCAAAUCCCAGCAGUUCAAUCUCAACAAUGUUGCCGCAGCAAACGUCGAUGCUGGAAGCGUGGAUGGCCACUAUGAGUUCGACCCGGUGUCGUGUACACCGACACCUACGUCGGCCUCAACUCCGACGCGCGAGGAGCGACCGCCCGUGCACCAGAUGCCCCACCAUCAACUGCCGCAAAUACACCAAGUGCACACGACCAGUCAGCAGACUCAUUCACAGUUGCCGAUCUCCUCGAGCAGGUACUCUCGGGACAACAUCGAGGCCCGGGUGCAGGCUAUGAAGGCUGAGUUUCACCAGUUCCGUCAGAGGCAAGCCAAACGUCGUUGCAGUGCCCAUCUAGAGAGUGCCUGUUGAGCUAUUGUAUUUUACACGGACUUAUAUGAGCUUACUACAGCUUCAUCGGGCUUAGCUCAACCUUGAGUGAGAAUUUUUUUUUUUUUUUAAUGCCCACGUUAAUUGUAAUUUUAGAAUCUGUUGGCUUGAGCGAUGAGCAAUUAAAAAUUCUUGAUCAAAUUUACGACUCUUCACUUGUCUGCCUAUAUAGGCAACUUUUUCAUUUCGCUUUAUAAGCGAUAUGCGUGCUAACAAGCAUGCAAACGUGUGAAAAAAAUCAAAACUAAUGAAGAGCAAGGCUGAUUGAUUAAAGAAGCCACUCCAAAGACAUACCGUGUAUAAAGUUUAAUGCUCUAUAGACAAUUAUCACGGGACAACUAACUUCAUUAGUAUGAUAAAGUAUUGCAUAAUACAGAGUGAAAUAAGAAAUAAUCACAUUAUAGUAUUACUUGACAAAUGAAUCGAUAAACUUGAACCAAUUAAAAGGUACAUAUAAUUUUAUUGAGAUUAAAAGGACAAUGUUUAAAUACAACCAAUUAUAUACGCAUAUUUGUAUUAUCAAAAUGAAAAAGAAAAAACUUAAAGUAAAGUAUACAAUGAUGAGCAAUUGACUUGAGACGUGAUAUUAGUUCGAAGCUUGCCUCGAAAUUGCUUGAGAACUCACUUGUACUGCACUGCCUAUUUAGGGUGUCGCUAGUAACCCAAUAUAUACUUAUUAUCGGCACAAUAAUUUCUCAUAAGCAAUUCAAUGAAAAGUUUUUAAAACGGCACAGCGUUAUACAAUUAGGAAAUCACAAAAAAUACCUCACAUUAGCAACAUCAUAAAGGCAAUGCUGCGAAUCAAAAGCGUGGAUGAAAUAACUUGCAUCUACGAGAAAAUUUGCGGGUUUUUUAAUAUCGUCAUAAUACGAAAGAAUAGAAGCACGAGGUCAAUUUUUCUAGUACAUUAUUAAUACCAAGAUUUUUGACAUUUGAAGCUUCAAAUUAUCUGGUUGACAAUGAAGUGAAGGUAAAAGGUGUAUAAUAUGUGAAAUGCUCAAGCAGAGAUGUAAACAAGUGCAAAAAUCAUAGAUUUUUGGAAACUUAAAGAUUCUUUUGAUUUCCUUUUUAUAGUACAAAAAUUUUAUUUAUAUACCUAAGCUAUUAUUAUUAUUAGUAUUAUUAUUAUUAUUAUAUUAUUAUUAUUAUAUAUUAAAAAUUAUUAGUACAAGUACAAUUAAUGAAGGCUCUACUCACGAUUCAACUAUAAAUUUAACAAGUGAUAUUACACAAUGGUGUGAUGGUUGAUCUAAAUGAGUGGGAUCGUGUCAUAUACUGUACAAAAAAACUCAAAAAAGUUAUCAAUAUCACAUAAAUUUUGAAAAAGUGUUUAGAGUGUUGAGCAGCUUGAAUGCGCGAGAAUGUGAAUACAGUUGAUGUAUUAUAAAAAAAACGAUGAGCAAUUAAAUAUAGUAGUAUCUGAAAAUAUUACUGAAAGAAGAGUACCUACAUUCUAAAGUAAUUGUAAAGAUGAUUAAAUUAAUAAUUGGAUGAUUAUCGUAAAUCAUAAAAUGUAAUGAUAUAGAACAGUUUAGUGUUGGUGUAUGGAAUAUUCGUCAAAUUUAGGUUUUAUUAUUAUUUAAUAUUCUGACUGCUUAGGAGGAUUGAAGGUUUCUCAUGAUUACGAUUUCCAAUGAUAAUUUUCGUUAGUCAGACUAUUUUAAAUCAUAUCGAUAUUUAUUUGAUACUUUCAUAUCUCACUCAUUUGGGAUCUAGUAUCGUGCUUCCUUUUUACUUGAAUAGACUAAUUGAAUGCAAUUAAGACACAAUAUUAAAACAAGUUUAAACAAGGGAAAUCAUAAUAUAGGUUAUAAAAUGUGUUUUUCCUUUGACAGUGUAAUAAAUAAGAAAUGAAUCUACAUAAAAUAUAAGAAUGUAGAUAUUACAUUAAAGUUAGAUACAACGAUCUCAAAGACGAUACGCUCGGGUUUCGCUACGAAAUUUUUUGAAAACUCUUGAGAGUGAUAGAUUCAUUAAAGAGAAAUUAUUGUUCACUAUUUAUGAAUAUAAAUAUAACUAUAAAGCAUAUUACGAAUACUUUAUUACAGAUAACACUUGCAAAGUAACUGCAUUGAGAUACUCUCUGAAUAGAUAACGACUAUAUGGUUGAAUCGUGAUUAUAAGUUAGAAGUAUUAUUGUUAAUUACGCACACUAUUUACUUUCUAAUUUUACUUACGUUUGAAGCGAUCGUUUAUAUAGUUUUACUUUUUGAACUAUCUUGCAUCUGCACAAAAAAAUUAUUCUAUGAAUAGCUUAUGAGAAACAUAGGCGAACUCAAUGAGUUCAUGAAUAUAUUUGAAAAUUAUAUUAUCUGAUUGAAAUAGUUUUGCUUCUUGUAAAACCAUAGCGCAAGUUACUGUAAACGUGUGCAUUAAACAUUCUGCAAUGGUUCGUGACAAAUUGAAAAAAAAGUCUUACGAAAAAUAAUUUCAUACUCAUGCGCUCACAAUUACAGUUACUUCGGAGUUCAUUGAUGGGAAAUCGAACACAUACUGUAUUUUUAUCUUUACUUUCACGUAUGAUGAACUAUACUUUUUUAAUUGCAAAACUUCAAGGAUUUAGAAUAACUGGCAGUGAGAAUGAAUAAAGUAAAAGAGUUCUUCCUCUCAAUUUUAAAAUACCUUUAAAUUCCAGAAGAACAUCAUUGCUUCGAAGAGACUUGUGUGAUCCUGUAAAAAUGAAAAUAACGUAAUAUAUGCUUCUAAAAUAUGAAAAAUUAGGAGAAAAAAAACAUUUCCAAAGUCUUUUGUGAAACGCGAGUGUGUUUUACAUCGCCAAUGGCGUAUUGUAUAAAAAUGAAUUUCGAGAUUGUAGAAGUAUCUUUAAAAUACUGAAACUUGCCCGUCGAGUACAAUUUUAUUAUUUAAGUUAAAAUUUAAUUUAUAUCUUGAACUAUUUUUAUUUUAUUACUUUUUUUUAAUCGUAUUUUUAUAUAUCAUUGAUGGUGUCUGUUUGUCAGCAACAUUCGCAUAUUCAUUACAAAUAAGUGAUCAUGCUCAUGAUAUCAACGGCUUUCAUUUGAAACUAUUUUAUAGAAGAAUGCAGUAUGAAUAAUUUUAAAAUGUUUGGUGCUUAAUUCAAUAAAACAUUGAUCUCGAUAUUGAUUACAAAAUAUUAUAUCGACACUUGAAAAACGUUAAAUUUAACUUUAUAUAUUAACCCAUUUUUCAUCAAAACGAUUUCAGCAUCAUGAGGCUGUGUUACAACAAACAUGAAUGGCAUUAGAAAAUUUGGAAAAGCUAGAAUCGUGAUAAAAUAUUUGAGACAAGUAAAAUUCGUUUAAAUUGAUAAAAAUGAAAUU